UGUAACAAAAUGUUUUAUAUGUAUUAUAAACAUAUUAUCAUAUAGAAACCUUGAAUUAUGUACAUAGAAAUAACGGCCAGGCACAAAAUAUAUAUAAUAAUUCCAUAUAUAUUUUCGUAAAAUCUCGCGCGAUGAUUACGCGAUUCCCAAACUCGCGUUAGCGCUCGUAUAUCGAGACGGGAGGAAGAAUAAUCGGAAAAAAAUCUUUGACGGUGGAGCGCGUUUGGGCCGCCUAAGGUGAGAUUUGCUCUCGCGUUCCUCACCGGCGGCGCCAGGUGUUUACAGGUAUUACAGGAGCGAGCGAGCAAACGGAUACGCGAGCGAAGAAGAAGGAACGAAAGAGCGUACGGUGUGCGCGUAAAGUAGCCGCAUUGAAUUGCACUGUAUCAACAGGUAGAUCGACCCGGCGGGUCGGUAUGCGUGGGACGACGUCGUACGCGCGACGUCUCUCGUAGCGCCCGGAUUCGCGAAAGAUGCGAUACGCGAGCGAGCGAGUGUCGCGACGAAACGGCACGACGACGACGACGACGACGACGACGAAGAAGACGAAGAAGACGAAGGCGACGAGUCUUGUUAAAGGACAGCGAGUGGCGGCCGAUCGAAGGGAUCAUCAGGAGGGAACGGCGCUCCGGGUGGAAACGCGCGUUCUCUUAAGCGCGUUAUUCCGUGGCGGACGCGCACGGGCGGAUUCCGCGCAUACCAACGCCACUGAUCCAGCUUCCCCGCGAGCGGCGCAGCGGCGGCUGCUGUGGCGGCAGUGUCCGGAUCGGGAGAGCGAUUUUUGUGAUCGUCGCUCUCGUCAAUGACACGCGCGGAAUGCGCUGAGCGAGCGUGCGAUCCCACGCUGCGCUAUACGCGCCGACAUUGUUGCGACGUUCAUCUCGUAUCGCUCGUCUUUAAAAAAUCGCCUAAUCGCGUCGUAAUGUAAGUGAAACGCGAGUACAGUGGAUUUUGAAUGCGGCGCAGGGCAAACGCGGAUCUCGUGACGUCGCGAGAGCGACGUUAGUUUGACCCCGCGUAUACAUAACGGAUAAAUAAAUCCGCUUGUAACUAUUGAACAUUGUUGCUUAUUUGUAAUUCUCUUUAAAAAUUCUAUUGAGAGGAGAAACCAUGGAUUGAUGAAAAUAAAAUAAAAUAUUGCUAAAUAUUCCAAAUGGGUAAUAAAACCCAUUAUGGCCCAGUGUCAUCAACUACAACAUCAGCAUGAAUUUCUACCCCUGUGUGAUGUACUCUUUAAUAUUAUUUCAUUAGCAUCUUAUUUCUGCGAUGUUGUCUUCGAUUUUGCAAUGGUAUAUGCUCUCGCCCAUCAAGCAAUAGCACCACCUGCAUUAUUUCCAUUAAGUAUUACAUUUAUAGCCACUUCUCUGUUGGUUUCUCAAAUUGUUAGUUUGCGAUGGUAUCUUUGGGGAGCUAGAGGCAAAUUAAUAAAUAACAAUGCAUCAAAUGAUUACCAUGCUAAUUCAAUAAAUAAAAUUGGCAACUGGACUAUAGGCUGUGUUCUAUUACUCCAUUCUACUCAAAUUGGUGUAUUAUGGAGAUAUUUCAAGUUAUUUAUACCAGUCAACUUAACUUAUGUGAAACACGAGGUGCGGGAACUGUGUGUCUUAAGAUUGAUACACGCGUUCUGUGAAGCCGCUCCAAUGCUACUUCUGCAGCUAUAUGUCUUGUUCGGCGCUACGGAUGAUGGUGAAAUAGAAGGCGGGAAACCAAAAGAAAGCGAGAGCAAGGACGACAGUAAAUUAGCGAAGCUAACGUUAGUGUCGGCAGGGCUUUCGUUGUGGAGCGUGUGUUGGGCAGUGGCCAGUUUUAGCAAAGGUGCUGCGCGUCUUCGUAAUCUGGAACGUUUAGUGUUAACAUGGUUGGGGGUACUGGCGCAAUUAUUCUGGCGUUUGGGGACAGUGAGUGCUCGUGUCGGAGUACUAGUCGCAUACGCUUCGUUGUACGGUGGACAAUGGCUAUUGAUUGUAAUGGCCCUGCACUGGUUAACAAUGUUGACAUGGUUACUGCUCACACCGGACGGACUCUUCCAUGGUGGCGAACGUCUUCCCCUUCUUAGAAAGACUUUCCUCGCUUCUCUCCUUGCCUUUGUAUAUAUAUUUGCGUAUGUUAAUCUACAUGAGACGAAUCAUCGUCAAAAAAUGGCUAUAUUUUACAUUGUAAUGUUCUUGGAAAAUAGCUUGCUCAUUGGCGUGUGGAUGGUCGGUGUUAAUCGCGCUGAUCUUUUAACUCGUCAACAUCAUCUGCAACCAGUUAUUCUAGUACUUAUUCUUCUAGCUUUAUUUUCAGGUGGCAUGUUUUUUAUGGGUCUUUAUUAUAGAUUUUUUCACGUGAGAAGGUUGAGGUAUGAGUCUGGUGGAAGAAUGACUGGUUCGAAUCUCACUACAUUGUCUAAUCAGGACAAUGUGGAAGAGAAACAAAUAGAUUAUAAUGAGGAAAAGAAAGUUAAUAUCAGUAUCAGCACGAGAAAAGUAAAAUUAAGCAAUGGCGGCAUACCAGGCGUCUUUAACUGCCGUUUCGCGAAUCCAACGGCUGUGAAUCCAAAUCGCAAAAAGAAAAAACCGACUACCUUUGUACCGCCACCGCCGCCCCAAUCGCAAACAAGCACGGUAAUGAAUUCCAUGACGACAGUGGCAGAUUCAAAACAAUGGCUCAAUGUGGGUAAUGGAUCGCGACAAUUAAUUCCAUUCUGGAAAAAACCUAUAUCCUCUAACGUCAUACAGAAUGAUGGUUCCAAUGAACGCAAAGAUGAAACUGAUAUGGCACUCGGUGGCUCGUUAAAUGUCACGUUAAUACGAGAAAAGUUGAAGGAGAAAAAGCAACAGCAGCUACGCGAAUUGCGAGCCAUACAAGAAGAGAUCAAGGAAGGUAAAUUGUUUCCACCUCCGUCUGCCUCUACAUCCUCCUUCUCAUCUUCUCCUUCCGCAUCUAAUCAGCAACCACCACCGAAUACUAAACUGCAUACCUCACCAAGUUCUCCAUUAUUCACGUCUCCACCAUCAUUUUCUGAGCAAAAUGGUACAUUGUCAUCUUGGCCACCAGUGAAAAUGCACUGCCUUUUACCUCCGCCACCUUCUUCCUCAUACUAUCCUAAUCCGCAUUCAUCGAAUUCGUGGAGAGCGGUGCCUCAACGAGAGCGAGCAGACACACCAGAAAUAUUACUAGCGCCGCGGUGUCUUCCGCAUCACUAUUCUCAUUGGUCUCCAUCUGGACAUCUUAGUCAUAGAUUACACGCAAAUCAAAAUGGUGCCGAAGAAAGUUCCAAGUGCGAGGGUGAAGGAGAAGCGGAAGUUAGCGAUAUGGAGGGUAGCCAAAUCUCACUACCUAGAAGUUAUACACUUCCUCGUGAAUUUAAAUAUAAUCAUCCCAAUAGUGUCGCGAGAGAACGAGAGCGUCGUUCGGGAAAUAAUAAAUUGCCACCUUCGCGCUUUUAUUUACCGUCUACUAAUAGUUCUGAUGGUGAUGUAGAUAGUGCUGAUAACGAAGAUGAGACAGAUUCGGAGGCACAAAUUCAAACAAAGGCUAAUCACGGUCGUAAUCAUAACAAAGCCUUACAAAAGUGUCAUGUGUAUGAAAAUAAUGAGAAUAAUGAUGUUGCUAAUCCUAGUUUCGAGUGCAACGUGUCUCAUGUUAUGUCCAAUAAUUGUUAUUCAAAUAAUUCUCAUAGUGUUUUUCGACCGAGUCAAUUACUCAGAACACGAGUGAAACAUGAAACAAAACUUUAAAUUAUAUGUUUAAUAUAUAAUUAAAAAUUUUGCCAUGACAUAUAUGCAGCGAUCACGUCUUUUAAAAAAUUUAUCUUUCCUUUAAAUAUUAACAGUAUAAAACUGUUGAUUUCGCGAAAUGACGAUAUAUUUAAUUGUACAGUAUAUAGUAUAUACACAAGAUACAUGCACAAAAAUAUAAAGAGAUUUCUCUCGUGAGUAUAUUAAUGUGCAUUACUUGCAAUAUGAUGCAACUUAAUUUUAUGUUAUUACUUUGUCGUAGUGUUUUAUAAAAUUGUCCAAAUGCGAUAUAAUCACGAUAUAAUCUAAUAUUUUUAAAUUUUAGAAACAAAUAAAUAGUGAAUGAGUGCCUAAUAAGUGCCUAUUAAAAUUAGUAUAUGUAUGACGGAUAUUUUAUAUAAAGUUACCUGAAUAUACUAGAAAUCGUACAUUCUAUUCAUACAUACAAAAAGAUA